CGUACGCAUUACUCUAGGCACUACAUCGCUGGCGCCCGAAUUAAGCUCUGCUUUCCUUGCUCUUGCGCUGCUGAUCGUCGAGGCCGCCGCCCCUGGUGGCUGGCCUCCCUGCCCGCCGCUGAAAGAGGGCGUUAUGAGCAGCGGGCCAGCGGCGGCGGCGGUCUGGACGGCUCGGUCAUGUGGAGGUGUGGUCGCCUGGACCCCCCCGUUUCACGAUGAGCAGGCGGCUGAGACUGCGUGUCUCGCUCGCAAACCCUAGAGGAGCUCACCACGCGGUUUUUUUGUGGGCGCCCGCAAUCUGCCAAGACCGGCCUGCUUUGGGCUCGUCGCUGGUGGGUGUCUCACCGUUGUUUUCGGCCGCUAGUGCCUGGCUCUACUCUACUCUAGACCAGGCCUAUCUCCUGCUGCUCGAAGUCGUCGCUGGGCGGUCAGUUGGGCGGUCGUUGGUGCGGGGAAGGGCUGGAUCGUUUGUGCUGCUUGCUGUGGUUCGCGUCUGUUUGGGGUGCUUGUACGACUGUGGUUCGUUUGCUCCUGGCUCGUCUUGAUGUAACCGACUUCCUUCAGGGUCUAGACGGUGCAUGCGAGGUGGGUCGUGAUCGAACUCGAGGAAUCGUGCGAUUCUCUGUCGUCUAUCUCCCU